UACGCUCUGAGCGUUGAUACCUCAAAAUGAACAGCGCCAUGAAAGCAGCGUUGAUAAGCUCGAAAGCCAGCUGCUUUCAUUUGAGGGCAGCCCUCUUUCAUUCUACUCCCGUCCUAGAACGUAAGAGACGCAAUUACUGGGAACCCAGAUCCAACAAUUACUCAAAAAGGUUCAGACAGCUGCAUGCAAAACAAACAUUAUUGCGGAAUGUUGGUGCUUACGCGGACUUCAUGUUUCAGAGUUGGCGGGAUGAGGAUGAAGAGGAUGACCCAUCUUCAAGUAGGGGCCCCUCAUGGUUUAGAAGGCAAUGCUCUGCUAAGGGUUCCAAAAGGGACUGGACCAACAAUCGAGGACCCAAGCAAUCAGGCAGAAGAGGUCACCAGUUCUGCGAAGAAGAUGAUGUUGAUGUUGAGACCAUUUUCCGAUCUGCAUUUGGUGGGAACCGAUUCUUCUAUUGGUCUUUCAUUAAUGAAGAGAAUUCUCAAUGGAGGAGCUCAUCAAACUAUAAUAACUUUGGGAGGUCCUGGAAUUGGAGAUAUCGGAAUGAAGAAACAUAUGAUUCUUCAUCUGAGUCUGAGAGUUCUGAGACAGAUAUGGCUUCAGACAGGCUGGCCCUUGGAUUGAGUGCUUCUGGCCCUCUACAACUUGAAGAUGUUAAAAAUGCAUAUAGAGUCUGUGCACUAAAAUGGCAUCCAGAUCGUCAUCAAGGCUCUUCCAAGCUGACUGGUGCUGACAGACUGACUGAUUUCUGGGCUUGAACAGGCUGUUGCAGAGGAAAAGUUCAAGCUUUGCAGCACUGCAUAUCAAUCUUUAUGUGAUAAGCUGGCCGUGAGUUAAGGAUGCUUUAGAGCGUGCUGCAUCCUAGCAGAUGCAACUUGCAGAUCGUAUUUUCAUCGAAUUCUGGAGUUAGAAGGUUUCUUUUUUCCCCUGAAGGAAAGAGUGUGGCAAUUGCCACUAUGGUUUCUCUCAAGGGGCAGCAUAAAUUCUCUGAAUUCCUUUUUUUUUUUUUUUUUCCGGGCAACUGGCCUGUUCUACCUGGGGCAUACUCUGAAAUAUCUAUGCAAUUAUGGUAUGAGCUUGUAGAUUCUCCUUUGCAUAGCCAGCAGUAUGGAGGCAAAGAUCUCUCCUUCUUCAUGCGCUGUAACUUGCAUGUCUGUUAAACUUGAAGGCAUAUACAAUUCAUUUAGGACAAGAAAGAUCAUAAUUUCAUGGUUAUGUUGA